GAUCCCGAGCAGUGCAAAGUAUGCUGUGGGCAAGAAAACAACUAAAUGAAGAGGCAGUGAACCCGCAGUCUCCUGCCAAAUCUAAUCACAUCAUUAGUCAAUAAGCUAUUGCCUUCAUUAACCUUUGAUCAUUGUACUAUGGCUUGUAAAUUUGGAACUUACAGUUUUCCUCAAAGAUUGAAGCUGCUGCUAAUUAUUGUUAGUCUUGGCUCUAUUCUUACUUGGAUAGUAACUCACAAUAUCCAGGACCUCGUGUGGGAAGUAAAUCCACAACCCUUGGAACAAAAAGUGCAACGAUGGACUACAGUUCAAAUCGUAUCAACAGGUCCACAAAAACCACAGCCAGUGACCCCAACUCCAACAAGUCUUCCACUGUGUGCUUUUCUAUCACCUUACCUACGUGGUGCAACAACAUUAAAAUUUGAUGCACAAUUAACCUUUGAAGAAGUUCAGAGAAGAAACCCAAAAGUGAAAGAAGGGAGGUGCAAACCGCAAGAAUGUCAGGCUCUUCAGCGUGUGGCUAUACUGAUUCCGUACAGGAACCGGGAAAGACAUCUCCUGUACUUACUUGAGCAUUUACAUCCAUUUCUACAGCGGCAGCUUCUGGAUUAUGGGAUAUAUAUUAUUAAUCAGGCUGGUAAUGGGGUGUUUAAUCGAGCAAAGCUGUUGAAUGUGGGCUUCUUGGAAGCACUGAAGGAAUACCCAUGGGAUUGUUUCAUUUUCCAUGAUGUUGAUCUUGUACCAGAAAAUGACUUCAAUCUGUACCAUUGUGAUCAUGAACCAAAACACCUUGUUGUAGGCCGGAAUUCUACUGGAUACAGGUUGCGUUACAAAAUGUACUUUGGUGGAGCGACCGCAAUGACCAAGCAGCAAUUCACUCGAGUCAAUGGAUUUUCCAAUCGUUAUUGGGGAUGGGGUGGUGAGGAUGAUGACCUUCGCAUAAGAGUUCAACUGCAGAAAAUGAAGAUUGUCCGCCCCUCUCUUGAAGUUGCCCGAUACACAAUGACUUUCCACACAAGGGACCAUGGAAAUGAAGUCAACCCGGAGAGGAUGGCACUACUAAAGAAAGUUCCACAAGUUUGGAGUAAAGAUGGUUUGAAUUCCUGCUCCUACAAGGUGCUAACAAUACAACAUAAACCCUUAUAUAUUAACAUUACUGUGGACAUUGGUGAUCCUCGCCACAAUCUUGAAGUUGCUGUCUAAAUGCAGCAUCCCUGCUUUCACAAGUGACUUACAAGUGAUCGGCAGCUGUUGUACAGGUUCUCCUUUUUGGGCUGGAUGAAUAAAUUUAAGGUUGCAUUGCUUUGUCACUGUAUAAAUAUGUGACAUUUUAUAUGUUGCCUGGAUAUAAAGGGAAAUGAAACACAGACAAUGUAAGUUGAACCAUUUUCUUGACAAUUAGUACAAGAGUUAGGCGUAUGUGGUAAAUAGAAAUGGAUGGUACAAUAUUCCUUUGGAAAUUUAAUUUGGGUGUUGAGAGUUCUUGGCUCAAAACCAUGCACCUUGCCACCCAAAAGCACCAGGGGAAUCACUUCACCUGUUCAAGUUCAACAAUAGAUUUUUGAUGGAUUUUGAGAUUGGCUCGCCUACCUAUUAUCUGAGAAGAUUUAUAUAGUUUUAAGUAUUUUUAGCAAUUUUAUUGAAGUUUGAGACUUGGAAGAAUCAUAACAUUCCUGUUGCGAAGACAACAAUUGAUACUUUGUUGCAUCAUCAGAAAGCCAAAAAACCUUGUUUAUAUUAUCCUUUUCACACCCAUUGGAUAACUUUACAGCCAACUUUCUGAAGUGCAAUUGCUGUUGAAGUGUGGGAAACAGAGCAGCCAGUGUGUGUACGCACACAGUAAACUUCCACAUGCAACAAUGUGAUCAUGACUUGGUUUUCUUUGUGUCUGAGAUAUUGACUGAGGGAUAAAUAUUCAUCUGGAAACCAGAGACCACUCCUCUCUUUCUCUUCAAAAUAAAGCUAUGGAAGCUUUUACAUAUAUCCAAGCAGGCAGUUGCUGCUUUAGUUUAACAUCUUAUUGCAAAGAUGACACAUGUGAUGGCACACUGCCGCCUCAGUACUGCAUGGGUGUGUCAGCCUUUUGUUGUUGUUGUUGAGACUUGAAGCUAGUACCUUGUGACUCAGAUGUAAGUGCUAACCACUGAGUCACAGCUGACACAGUUCAUCAGCAUCUUGGAUGUGAUAAUCUGACAAAUACCACUAAUGACUGCUAAGGGCUGUUGUGGCACAGUAGUAGCAUUUCCAUUUAUGGGCCAGGAGGCCCAGUUUCAAAUCUCACCUGCUCCAGAGGUGUGUAAUACCAUCUCUGAGAAGGUUGGCUAGAAAAUAUCUAUAAAUCAUUGCUUAUAAUUGGUACAUCCUUCAGUGGCUCCCUUCAGAGGAAGUGGUGCCACAGUGGUGCCACAAUUACUUCACUGGACUAGUAAUUCAAAACUCCAGGUUAAUACUUCUGUGGACAUUAGGUUUGAAUACCACCGUGGCAGAUGGUAAAAUUUGAAUUAACUUCAAUAAAAUUCUCAAAUAAAAAAUGCUAGUCAAAUGGUGACCAUGUGGAUUGUCAUGAAAUCCCACCUGUUUCACUGAUGUCCUCUUGGGAAGGGAAACUUUGUCCUCACCUGUUCUAGCCUACAUGUGACUCCAAAUCCACAGCAGUGUGAUUAACUCUUAACUGUUUUAUCUUAACAGUUUAAGGAUGAGCAAUAAAUGUUGACAUAGCCAAUGGCACCCAUUUCUCAUGAAUGAAUAUUUUUAAAAAAUGAAGAUUCCAAGUUCUAACUUUAUAGUUGAAAUGUGAGCAUUUGCCAUUCUAAUCACUGGGCAAUAUCUUGUUGUGAUACCUUUGUAUUCCAGACAUUUUUGUUUAAAAAAUUUUUUGUUUGAUUACAAAACUUAUAUAAACUCGCUGGGAUUAAAAAGGGACCAAAUACUUGGAUGGUAAUAAUUACUCUCUCAAUCUUUCUUGUACUACCUCUGAUAAUAAAGAGAAAUGAUUUUCAGUCAUCCAACUCCUCUGGUCCUCACGAUUGUGGUGCCAUUGUUGGACUGGGGUGGACAAAAUCAGAUGUCACACGACACCAGGUUAUAGCCCAACAAGUUUAUUUGAAACUGAUCUGGCUAUCACAGAUUACCAUCAGUUCAAAUUUACAGGGCAUAAGAGAUGUGAUCAAGUGAAUUCUCUGUUCUUGUAUAACGUUUUUGUGUUCUGAUUAUCAAUGUUAAAUUACUGAAGUUUCAGUUUGAAGCCAAACUCUCCAGUUGAAUGACAUAAAGUUAUUUAAAAAUACAAAGAAGUUGCAAUUGUGGAAACACCAACACUUACCUUCACCGGUGCAGAUGUUCUGACCAUUUCUGAAACAGAACACUACUUUCACAAUUAAUCCUUUUAAAGUGUCAUUUUGUUCAUAAGUGUUUCUUUCCUUUAUGAUGGAAAGCUUGAACUGCAAAUGUAGUUUGACAAUGCAAGAGUGUAGCUAACAUAUAUAAAUAUCGCACUGGACUCUGAUGAUUCUUAUUGCAGUCCCCAAGCUUACUAACCAAAGUUGCAGUCUUAAAGCCAUAUAAUAACAGCUUGCUGACAUGUAGUUCAAUGAAUUACAAAGUGGGCUUGUAGAACUGGGCUUGAGUGAUGAAGGACCUAUAUUUCUUCAGUUGUUCAUUGAAAUAUUGAUGCUCCCAUAUGAUAGAAUAGUGCAACACCUACCAGUAACACAAGAUACAUCCUGUUGCUCCAUUAAAUGAUCUCUGGUUUAUAUUUUGCUUGACAACAUUGGAAGUAAAGGUAGUCAACAGUAAUUAUUUUUUUCUAAUUGAAUGCUGUUUCAUUCAGCUGAAACCAUGCUUGUACAUUCAUCUGAAGAAUUUCACUGAUCUUUCUCCAACGUUCUGGUAACUAUUUGGGAAUUUCUAGAAUGUUUUGAUAUUUUUGCAGGACAGAAAAGAGAUGGUGUGCUUCCUGAAAAUGUCAAGUAUCGACUGAAAGGCUUUCUUCUGGUUUGAAAUUUACAAAUACUCAAAUGAUCUCCGGAAGAGAGAGCUACUACAUUCCUCCUUUCGUAAUGAAAAUGUUAAAGACUAUUCAAAGUUCCAUACAAUGUAAAUCCAUUUAUUGUUUUACAUAUAUUUGUAAAUAAAAUGAAAUAUUUAAUAUA